AUGUUCAAAUCCAUAACAAUAAUCCUUUCAGUGUUGACGUUUUGCGCUAAUGGUCGGUAUUUAGUACAGGAAGAUUACAGAUACCCAUAUGUAUUCGUUGAAGAUGGUCGCAACGUCAGAGCUCACGACUUGGAAGAAGCUUUGUCGAUACUUCCGCAGGAAAUGUUCCACGAGAACAAUAUUUCGCGAGUACGUCGUCAAGCCCAUGGAACUCUAAGUUCGAACCCCGAUGGGACAUCAAACUUUAUGGCGAAGGUUCCACUAACUGUUAAUGAUAAAAACAAGCUAAGUGCAGUUGGUACUGUUAGUGGAGCGUCUGGUAAUGGUGACUUCAAGGCAGCGGGUGGCAGUUUGGCUUGGGAUAAUGUCAAUGGCCAUGGCGCGAGUUUAACUGGACAGCAUAUACCUGGCUUUGGUAAUCAAUUGACUGCAGCCGGCAAAUUGAAUUUGCUUCACAAUGAUAAGCAUGAUGUUUCUGCUCAAGCUUUUGGAACGAGAAGCUUUCCCAGCAAUCCCAACAUUCCCAACUUUGACACAUACGGUGGCAAAGUUGGUUACACAUACGAUGAGAAAGUGGGAGCUUCUCUUGGUAUGCAACACACGGAUCUUUUCAAAAAGACUGACUACUCAGCGAUGGGCAAUUACAACCUGUUCAAAGGGCGUGACUCUUCCCUUGACUUUAAUGCGGGCUUGAGCAAGUCUGUGUCUCCGUACAUACCUAGCAGCAGGUGGGAGCCAAGCGCUGGCUUCUCUUUCACUAAGUGGUUUUAA